CUGUCUUAGAAGAAGGAAGCGAGCCAUCAUUUUUACCCACGUAAAUAUAUGAAUAUAUUUCUGACAUUGGGGCGUUCCAGAAGAUGAUAAAGAAAUGAUAGCAGCUCCAGAAAUACCAACUGAUUUUAAUCUACUACAGGAGUCAGAAACACAUUUUUCUUCUGACACAGAUUUUGAAGACAUUGAAGGAAAAAACCAAAAGCAAGGCAAAGGAAAAACUUGUAAAAAAGGCAAAAAGGGCCCAGCAGAAAAGGGCAAAAGUGGAAAUGGAGGAAAACCUCCUUCUGGUCCAAACCGAAUGAAUGGUCAUCACCAACAGAAUGGAGUGGAAAACAUGAUGUUGUUUGAAGUUGUUAAAAUGGGCAAGAGUGCUAUGCAGUCGGUGGUAGAUGAUUGGAUAGAAUCAUACAAGCAUGACCGAGAUAUAGCACUUCUUGACCUCAUCAACUUUUUUAUUCAGUGUUCAGGCUGUAAAGCAUCUGGUUUUAGGAACAAAGAAAUGGGUAAAGAAGGGAGGAGGAAGAUAAUGAAGAGAUAUAGGUUCAUAUGGCAGGGAAUUGUAAAGUUUAGCGAGUUAAAAAGUACCAUGAAUAAUAGAGUUGUCACAGCAGAAAUGUUUAGACAUAUGCAGAACUCUGAAAUAAUUCGAAAAAUGACUGAAGAGUUUGAUGAGGAUAGUGGAGAUUAUCCACUUACCAUGGCCGGUCCUCAGUGGAAGAAAUUCAAAUCCAGUUUUUGUGAAUUCAUUGGCGUAUUAGUACGGCAGUGUCAAUAUAGUAUCAUAUAUGAUGAAUACAUGAUGGAUACAGUCAUUUCACUUCUUACAGGAUUGUCUGACUCACAAGUCAGAGCAUUUCGACAUACAAGCACCCUGGCAGCUAUGAAGUUGAUGACAGCUUUGGUGAAUGUGGCACUAAAUCUUAGCAUUAAUAUGGAUAAUACACAAAGACAGUAUGAGGCAGAACGGAAUAAAAUGAUUGGGAAACGGGCCAAUGAGAGGCUAGAACUCCUGCUACAAAAGCGGAAAGAGCUUCAAGAAAAUCAGGAUGAAAUAGAAAAUAUGAUGAAUGCAAUAUUUAAGGGAGUGUUUGUACAUAGAUACCGCGAUGCAAUAGCUGAAAUCCGAGCUAUUUGUAUUGAAGAAAUUGGCAUUUGGAUGAAAAUGUAUAGUGAUGCUUUUCUUAAUGACAGUUAUUUAAAAUAUGUUGGUUGGACUAUGCAUGAUAAGCAAGGUGAAGUAAGACUCAAAUGUCUCACUGCUCUACAAGGGCUUUAUUAUAACAAAGAGCUUAAUUCCAAACUGGAGCUUUUUACCAGUCGGUUCAAGGAUAGAAUUGUGUCUAUGACCCUUGACAAAGAAUACGAUGUUGCAGUACAAGCAAUAAAAUUACUUACUCUUGUUUUACAGAGUAGCGAAGAAGUUCUUACUGCAGAAGAUUGUGAAAAUGUCUAUCAUCUGGUGUAUUCAGCUCACCGGCCAGUAGCAGUAGCAGCUGGAGAAUUUCUCUACAAAAAGCUCUUCAGUCGUAGAGAUCCAGAGGAGGAUGGAAUGAUGAAAAGAAGGGGACGACAGGGUCCAAAUGCCAACCUUGUUAAGACAUUGGUGUUUUUCUUCCUGGAAAGUGAGUUACAUGAGCAUGCAGCAUACCUUGUGGAUAGCAUGUGGGACUGUGCUACUGAGCUGCUGAAAGACUGGGAAUGUAUGAAUAGCUUGUUGCUGGAGGAGCCACUUAGUGGAGAGGAAGCACUGACAGACAGACAAGAGAGUGCUCUGAUUGAAAUAAUGCUUUGUACCAUCAGACAAGCUGCUGAAUGUCAUCCUCCUGUGGGAAGAGGGACAGGAAAAAGGGUGCUGACAGCGAAGGAGAAGAAGACCCAAUUGGAUGACAGGACAAAAAUCACUGAACUUUUUGCUGUGGCCCUUCCUCAGUUAUUAGCUAAAUACUCUGUAGAUGCAGAAAAGGUGACUAACUUGUUGCAGUUGCCUCAAUACUUUGACUUGGAAAUAUAUACCACUGGACGAUUAGAAAAGCAUUUGGAUGCCUUAUUACGACAAAUCCGGAAUAUUGUAGAGAAGCACACAGAUACAGAUGUUUUGGAAGCAUGUUCUAAAACUUACCAUGCGCUCUGUAAUGAAGAGUUUACAAUCUUCAACAGAGUAGAUAUUUCAAGAAGUCAACUGAUAGACGAGUUGGCGGAUAAAUUUAACCGGCUCCUUGAAGAUUUUCUGCAAGAGGGUGAAGAACCUGAUGAAGAUGAUGCAUACCAGGUAUUGUCAACAUUGAAGAGAAUAACUGCUUUUCAUAAUGCCCAUGACCUUUCAAAGUGGGAUUUGUUUGCUUGUAAUUACAAACUAUUGAAAACCGGAAUUGAAAAUGGAGACAUGCCUGAGCAGAUCGUUAUUCAUGCACUGCAAUGUACUCACUAUGUAAUCCUUUGGCAGCUUGCAAAGAUAAGUGAAAGCAGCUCUACAAAGGAGGACUUGCUGCGUUUAAAGAAACAGAUGAGGGUUUUCUGUCAGAUAUGUCAGCAUUAUCUGACCAACGUGAAUACUACUGUUAAGGAACAGGCCUUCACUAUUCUGUGUGAUAUUUUGAUGAUCUUCAGCCAUCAGAUUAUGUCAGGAGGGCGUGACAUGUUAGAACCAUUAGUUUACACCCCUGAUUCAUCAUUGCAGUCUGAGUUGCUCAGCUUUAUUCUGGAUCAUGUCUUCAUUGAACAGGAUGAUGAUAAUAACAGUGCAGAUGGUCAGCAGGAGGAUGAAGCCAGUAAAAUCGAAGCUUUGCACAAGAGGAGAAAUUUACUCGCAGCAUUUUGUAAACUGAUUGUAUAUACUGUUGUGGAGAUGAAUACAGCUGCAGAUAUCUUCAAGCAGUAUAUGAAGUAUUAUAAUGACUAUGGAGAUAUCAUCAAAGAAACAAUGAGUAAAACAAGGCAAAUAGACAAAAUUCAAUGUGCAAAGACCCUUAUUCUCAGUUUGCAACAGCUUUUUAAUGAAAUGAUACAAGAAAAUGGCUAUAAUUUUGAUAGAUCAUCCACAACAUUCAGUGGCAUAAAAGAACUUGCUCGACGUUUUGCUUUAACUUUUGGACUUGAUCAAUUGAAAACGAGAGAGGCCAUUGCUAUGCUACACAAAGACGGCAUAGAAUUUGCUUUUAAAGAACCUAAUCCACAAGGAGAGAGCCAUCCACCUUUAAAUUUGGCAUUUCUUGACAUACUGAGUGAAUUUUCUUCUAAACUGCUCCGACAAGACAAACGAACAGUGUAUGUUUACUUGGAAAAGUUUAUGACAUUUCAGAUGUCACUCCGACGAGAAGAUGUGUGGCUUCCACUGAUGUCUUACCGAAAUUCUUUGCUAGCUGGUGGUGAUGACGACACCAUGUCAGUCAUUAGUGGAAUCAGCAGUCGGGGGUCAACUGUGCGGAGUAAAAAAUCGAAACCAUCAACAGGAAAACGGAAAGUGGUUGAAGGCAUGCAGCUCACACUUACUGAAGAAAGCAGUAGUAGUGACAGUAUGUGGUUAAGCAGAGAGCAAACACUGCACACCCCAGUUAUGAUACAGACACCACAACUCACCUCAACAAUUAUGAGAGAGCCCAAAAGAUUACGACCUGAGGAUAGCUUCAUGGGUGUCUAUCCAAUGCAGACCGAACAUCAUCAAACUCCUCUUGAUUAUAACACGCAGGUAACAUGGAUGUUAGCUCAAAGACAGCAAGAGGAAGCAAGGCAACAACAGGAGAGAGCAGCAAUGAGCUAUGUUAAACUACGAACUAAUCUUCAGCAUGCCAUUCGGCGUGGUGCAAGCCUAAUGGAAGAUGAUGAAGAGCCAAUUGUUGAAGAUGUUAUGAUGUCCUCAGAAGGGAGGAUUGAAGAUCUUAACGAGGGAAUGGAUUUUGACACCAUGGAUAUAGACUUGCCACCAUCAAAGAACAGACGAGAGAGAACAGAACUGAAGCCUGAUUUCUUUGAUCCAGCUUCAAUUAUGGAUGAAUCAGUUCUUGGGGUGUCAAUGUUUUAAUACCCGUACACAGUUAAAUCUCUGGUGAAGUCAUUUUCUAAGUGGAAGAGGAAAUUUUAAAAUAAAGUGUGGUAGAUACAGUGAAAUUCUGUACAGAUUUUUCUCUAAGGAGAAUAUGACAUGCUUACGCUUACCAAGAUCAAGUGCAUUGAGGGGCAGUUUUGUUUGCCUGAAAAAAGUAAAGGACAAGUAAACAAUUUGAUGAUAAGCUACAGUUUUCUUAGAAAGUAAAUAUUUUAUUUAUGCGCUGUUAGUUGGCCUUUGAAUCGAUUAUUUCAUGCUUUUUUUUAAAGAAAAUAUAACAAUCUGAAGAGACAUUUGGUACAGACGUGAAUUCUCUCACAUUUAUUUACUGGGUGUACUAAGCAAUGAUGACCUCUGCUGGAUUUCUGUUUAUAUCCAAGAAAUAAAGUUAAGGAUGGAUUUAUUUCUCUACCCUGAAAUUAUAGGAUAGAAUUGUUUUUAGCAUUCUAAAUUUAAAUGCUUAAAACAUCAAUCAACAAAGCUUUCUUUUAAAUAUUGUAAUUGUGGAGAAAAGUAAACUUAUAAGCAGAACUUUUACAAUUUUUUCAUCUAAAAUGUAUUUUAAGAUAUUUUUAAAAUCCAAGAGCUUCUCUAUACUUUUCAGAAAUAUCCAGAUGCAGUGAACUGCCAGAAGGUAACCAGUCUCAAACAUGCUUAUACCAUUAUCAACCCUGAAAGUUUGCUUGUCCUUUAAGAUAAAAAUGUAAUGUUGUGAUAUUCCUUCCAGUAGUGCCACUGUAUUUUGUCUCCAAAUAAAAGAAGCUUAUUGUAGUAUGUUUGCAGAAAAAUUCUAAACAAAAAAUUAUACAGCUUAUUAGAGUGUGGGAAUAGGGAUCUAAAUUUUAAAUAAAAUUAUAUAUAUAUAUAAAUUGGUGCUGAUUUUAUAAUUGCGCAGUUUGUUUAGUUUUUUCUUACUUUUAAAUUCCAACUUAAAAUUAUGAGGUUUCAGAAAUAUAUUGAAAGUUUAACAAUGUUUAAAAAUAGAAAAGCAUGAGUGUUCAUGCUUUAAAAUGAUUUUUAAAUUUGUAUUUUAUAUUGUUUUAUCUAUCUGUCUUUGCAAGCAGUCUUCAGGUUAAAGAUACUUCUAACAGGUUACAGUACAUUUCCUCUGUAUGUAAAUUAGAUGGGAUAAUAGAAUUCAUAACCCAUAAUAUUCUUUGAAAGCUAAGCUUUAAACUUCAUUUUAUGUCCUUUCACAAAUAAAUUAGUUUAAAACAGAAAGUGGCCACUUGGCAUUUUGACAUCAACUCAUUUUGCGAGGCUUAGGCAGCUAGACAUCGUUUAAAACAAAAUAUUAACUUAUAUUACAUGUGUAUCUAUCUUUUGUCAGUCGUCUCUCAGUUCUUGAGGUAUAUUAUUUUAAUCAUUCCAUGCCUUAAUAUGCUUGCAAUACAAAAAUAUCUUCAGAUGGGUGAAUACCAAAAGGCUUCAGUUCUUAAGAGUCAGAAAUCAACAAGCAUUGGGCUGUGGUAGCCAAAAACCAUAGGUUAGCUAAAAGAUCAUAAAGAAGUUCAAUUAUUUUAUUAAAUCAUGGAGAAUAACAGAUGAAACCAGACUUGUCUAACAGAUUUUCCAUCAACGAAUAAUAUUAUGUGCAAAAGUAUUGCCUAUGUUGUUUUUCACACCACUGCAUUUACUAGAACUGCUGAGAGGACUGUAUAUAUGAUUUUAAACCUAAGUUGAUUUUUUUUCUCAUUCUUGAAAGAAGUACUUCUUUGUGAAAGCAGUUCUUACAGCUUUGUUUUCAACCAGCUAAAAAUGUUUUAUAUAUUACUCUAACCUGUUGUCCUCCACAUUCUAUUGUCCUAAUUGUACUGUUUUCUGAUUUGUAUUUAUGUCUUGAGACAGUAACUUUUUGAAUAAAAAUAAACCUACAGUG